AUGUGUCGCAUGCUGCCCAUCUGGCUCGUCCUCCUUGGCUGCCUCCCGCUGCAAGGGUCAGAGGUCCGGGUGCACCAGCCACCGGAGCUGAGGGCCUCCCUGGGGGGCUCCGUGCUCCUGAACUGCACCUUCUCCACCGCCCCAAAGGCCUCCAAGCUGGCAGUGACCUGGGUGCGGAGCGCACCCGGCGGCAGUGGGGAGGUGCAGAUCUACCCCCCGCCCCGCCAGGUCACCGAGCUGCGCAGCCGCGUUGCCCUGGACUCGGGGCGCUUUCGGCACCAGCGGGACGCGUCCCUGCACCUGGCCAACCUCACCCAGCACGACGCCGGGCUCUAUCGCUGCUUCAUCUGGACCUCGGCCACCAGCAGCCACGCCGGCAACGGGACUGAACUCAGCGUCCUGGGGGAGGGACCAGGAUCCGGGGUGCAGCGCUGGGCAGCCUGUGGCCCCCUGGGAGUCCUGGCGCCCAUCCUGCUGGUCCUGCAUGCCAUGGUGUGCCGGGAGUGCCAGGGCCUGCGGCACCGUCGGAGGCACAUGAGGUCUGGUGCCCAGGGACAGGCUGGGGAUCCGCAAUCACGGCCAACCCUUGGGCUGGCAGGGAAGGACGGAGCCCCCCGACCCCUCUGA